AUGGGUUUAGCCGGCGCGACGGUGUCGACGGUCGUCAAGGCAGCAAAAGCGGUGAAGGCGAGAUUUGAAGCCAAGGAGGAGGUGGUGUGGGUGGGCUUCGACUGGCUGCACAUGAGCCGCUCGUCGCGGCGCCACGUGCUGCUCGUCGCAUACACCACCGGCUUCCACCUCGUGUCCAUGCUGUGCGCCGUGGCACACCCCACCGUGCCACACCCCACCGUGCCGCAUCCGCUCAUGCAGUCGCCGCCAACCACCCCAGAAUCCACGGCUAUGCCAUCCACAGGCGACCACGACACGGAUGGCAACGACGGCUGCGACAGGUUUGCAGUGUGCCGGCCCCUCGUGUGCGUCGUCUUCCCUGCUUCCAGCGACCAUUCCACCCCUGAAUGUGCGUGCAGCGAGCACUCCGGCAGAGAGGCGGCAACGAGGGAUGAAGUGGAGAGCGCGGAUGACGAGGCAGGGCGUGGUGGGGUGAGGGGGGAGGGUGGGGGGUGGAUGCCAGGGGAGUGCGAGUGGGAGUAUUGCAGAGGGGUGGGGGGAGAAGUGAGUGGCAGCGGUGGUUCCGACUUGGAGCGGGUGCUGCAGGGGGGUGGUGAUGAGGACUCACAGGGGGGCGAGCAGAGAUGUGAAGGCAAUCCAGGAGCGGGGAGAAGCGUCAGAGGGGAAGCGCCAGUGCGUGGAAAGGAGGCAAGAACAAGCAGCAGGGCAGAGAAGGGAGCAGGAGGGCGAUGCAGGGGGGUGUGGGAGGUGCAAUGGAUGGCGCUGUACUCACUGCGACAGCACGCCAUGGUGGGCAGCAUAGAAGUGGAAGGAACAGUGGUGGGCGUGCGGGCGAGUGGCAGGGCGAUAGUGGUGGUGCAGAGGGAGCAGCUCUUCUGCUACAGCCCCACCGCCCUCACCCCCACCUUCUCCCUCCUCACACACCCCAUCCCUCACGCGCUCCUCCCACCAUCUCUCACCGAUCGCCCCUCACCUGAGCACUCCAAAAACCUUUCCACAUCGGAAUCUUCGCACCCCUCCACGUCCGCCUCAACUGCAGACGCCAACAGUCUCCCGCCCACCUCCAUUCCUCUAGCUCUGGGCCCGCGCUGGCUGGCCUACGCUGCCCCACACACUCCCUCCUUGCCAUCACGCUCCCCCAACCUCCUCCACUCCACGCUCUCCCCGCUUCCCAAUCGCGUGCUUCCCUGCCCUCGAAGCAUCACCCCUCGCAGUGUUGCAAUUCGACCCGCUGGGCGUGCUGCUGGCAGGCGGCCUCCCUGCACGGCACCACGGUCCCUCGAGCCAUUGCCUUCUCCCCCUGACUGCUCACUGCUCGCCCUGCUCUCCACCCACGGCACCUCGCACCUCUUCCCCAUCCACCCCUUCGCCUCGCCCCUCUCGCCCACUUUGAAGCAGCCAGACGGCCAGGCCUCCUCCCCCACGUCCUCUCUCCACCUCCCCUCCCCUCCUCUUUCUCCCACCAGUAACGCACCUUCUCCCCACCCAUUGUCGGCUCCUCUCUCACCUGACCUUCCAGCCCGCUGCCCUCUCUCCAUACCGUGCCUCCUGGGUCUUUCCCUGGAAGCACCCCUGGCUGCUCCCACGCUUGCUCCCUGCAUGCGCAUCAGAGGCAGCAUGCUCAGCCUAUGGGGGCCGACAGUGGGCCGUACGGGUGCUGCAGGCGUUGUGGGGGCAUUGGAGGGGGUGGGUGCUGCACUCACUGCUGCUGUGAGCAGACGUGCAUUUGCAAGUACCGCUGCUGCUAUCAGCUUUGCACAGUGGGCACGCAGGGAGGAAUCUACAUUUGACACUGAUUCUGGUGGAAGUGCAGGAGCGGAGAGAUCAGGAGGGAAUGGGUGCACUGUGAGUGUGCUGCCGCAGCGAUGCGCUUGUGCUGCAGGAAGUGAAGGCUUGGACUCUUAUUGUGGCACAUGGAUCCCUCCAUACCUCUCAGAGCCUAAUGUUGGCCAUCGAGCAGACAUGGAUGCUUUGGCAAUCCGCAGCUCGCUGGUCGCGGCUCCUCAACUAGCACAGAGCCGCGCCGCCCUUCCCAUGCGGAGGACAGUCAGACUGGUCGCCCCGGCGUCGUUUCCGCGCAUUGCUCGCCGUCAAACGUUGCGCUGCUCCGCGUCGCUCUCAGCGGCCGAUCUCGAGCGGCUCGGGCCCAAUGGAUAUGGCAACGUCGUUGAAAUCACGAGCCGAGAGGAGUUCAACGAUCAAGUUGCCAAGGCUGGCGAUAAGCUGGUGGUGCUGGACAUCUCGACGCGGACGUGCGGGCCGUGCAAGUUCAUCUUCCCCAAGGUGGUGGAGCUCAGCCUCGAGCACCCCAACGCCGUCUUCCUCAAGAUCAACGGCGACCACGACGACGGCACCAAGGCGCUGAUGCGCGAGUGGGGCGUGCGGGCGGUGCCCAACUUCCGUUUCUUCCGCGGAGGCGAGUUGGUGCACAGCCACACGGGCGCCAAGAUCGAGGACCUCAAAGACAACCUCGCCAAGUUCCUCUGA